AAAACCCCCUUAUGAAUUGUUUACUAACUAAUCGUCUACAAGUUUGAAGAAGCUAAACUUCCCAGAAGCUUCGUCUACCUCAACCCAUUCCCCCUGCUACCCCUUGCCGGCCACUUAACGCCAUCCCCCAUUUCCUCUCUCUCUCUCAAUCUCUUCCGGAACAAGGAAAUUUACCGCAUUUUCCCUUCUUAUCCCUCUCUUUCUUCUCCCUCCUUCUCUCUUUUGUCUGUGGUUUAUACAAAUUUGAAUUUUUCUUCACCUACUACAUCUUGGGUUCAAGCUAGUUGCCCGAUUAGUUCAAGGAAACUGUGAAAUUAGAUUCUUCAUAAGAUUUUCGACCUAACCAGGGAUACUCUUGCUUUAUGGUUAAUUAUCAUUAGUUGAUUCACUGAGGUGAUUCAGUGUCUGGAUUGGCAGUGGAGCUACCAUGGGAUCUGUAGAGAUGAGGUCGACGGAGGACAAGGUAGACCUUGAUUCUGAUGAGGAGAUUCCGUUUAGUUCGUCCCAUUCUGCAAUUAAAAUGCAGUCCACGGAUUGUGAGACAUCUCGGAUCACAUCUCCCAGACAUCUUUCCCAUCGAUGGGUGUUAAGAAAGAUAAACCAUAUCAGCCCCCUCAGGAGCAUUUACGUUGUUCUAAUUAAAGCAAAGAUCAAUAUGCUACUCCCUUUUGGACCACUUGCAAUACUGCUCCACUAUUUAACGGGAAAGCAGGGAUGGGUUUUCUUCUUCAGCUUAGUGGGAAUUACACCUUUGGCUGAGCGUCUGGGGUAUGCAACUGAGCAACUAGCAUUCUAUACUGGGUCUACAGUGGGAGGCCUUCUAAAUGCCACAUUUGGUAAUGCAACAGAAAUGAUAAUUUCCAUGUAUGCAUUGAAGAAUGGGAUGAUUAGAGUUGUUCAACAAUCACUACUUGGUUCUGUUUUGUCAAAUAUGCUACUAGUGCUUGGAUGCGCCUUCUUCUGUGGUGGCAUCGUUCAUCGCCAGAAAGACCAGGAAUUUAAUAAGGCCACUGCCCUGGUGAAUUCAGGAUUAUUGCUGAUGGCUGUCAUGGGCUUACUGUUUCCAGCCGUUCUUCACUUUACCCACACAGAGCUGCAUUCUGGGAAGUCAGAACUUGCACUUUCCAGAUUUAGUAGCUGUAUAAUGCUGGUGGCAUAUGCUAGCUAUCUUUUUUUUCAGCUGAGAAGUCACAGGAACCUAUAUGAUAUUAUUGAUUCGGAGCAGGACAAUAAUGCAGAAGAUUCUAAUGAGGCUCCUGAAAUUAACCAGUGGGAAGCUAUUGGUUGGCUUGCAAUUUUGACUUUAUGGAUUUCUAUACUAUCGGGUUACCUUGUUGAUGCCAUUCAGGGAGCAUCUGAUACCCUGAACCUACCUAUGGCUUUUAUUAGUGUCAUUUUGCUUCCAAUAGUUGGGAAUGCUGCAGAACAUGCAAGUGCUAUCAUGUUUGCAAUGAAAGAUAAGCUUGACAUUACACUUGGAGUUGCCAUUGGAUCUUCUACUCAGAUAUCAAUGUUUGUGAUUCCAUUUUGUGUUGUUGUUGGUUGGUUUAUGGGGCAACGGAUGGACUUGAAUUUCCAACUGUUUGAAACUGCUACACUCUUCAUUACAGUGUUAGUGGUGGCAUUUAUGUUGCAGGAAGGGACAUCAAACUAUUUUAAAGGAUUGAUGCUUAUUCUAUGCUACCUCAUUGUUGCUGCGAGUUUCUUUGUACAUGUUGAUAUCUCAAAUGAUGACAAUUAAAUAGGUAGCGAGGAAGGAUGUGACGCUCCAGGCAACAAUAUUGGUUCCUGGUUUUGGGAAAGCAUCAUCAUGGUCGUUGGUCAGUCCAUCGGCCUGUUUUAUGGCACGGGAUAUAGAUUUUGCAUACUCACUCGUACAUGUAUGCAGCUUCACGCUUCCAAAAGAGCAGUCGGCUCGGUGCGCCUGGAAAAAAAGGGUGGUAAAUAGUCAAUUCUUGUAUUUUCUGGCUUUGAUUGUAAUGAGAGAUUAGAAUUCUUUUCAAGCAGCAUUAGAUGAAGCUGGUUUUUGUUUUUUUUUUUUUGGGGGGGAGCUGAGAAGAAAAGAAAUCCCUUCUCAGUUGACAAAGUUUAGGUGUUCCAAAUCAAGAAGUGGAAGUUUUGCUGUUGUUCUUAUUUUGGAAGGCCAAAUUCAUUCAUAUCCUGUACAAUAAAUUGUGCUGUAUGGACCAAAAAUGACUACUGUUUGGUCAAAUACAAAACGCCUAAUUUCGGGCUCUUUUCUUAGCUUCCA